AGUAAUGAAAAAUUAUUAUUCGGAAGAAAUCAGUGCUCAUGGAAUGGAAAUAGUGGAAGAUGUUGUAAAGGAGAAAAAUUGUGUUGUAAAUUCGGCAGAUGAGCUCUGGCUUAAUUGCAGAAAGGAUUCAAAAACAUACAAGUUCAAUUUGAGCCGUAUUGCCUCAAAAUUACCCAGUUUUAAAGCAGCGAAUGAUGCAGAAUCAAUAUCCAAAACUUUUCGCUGUAAACAUUGUCCCUAUUUUGGAACGGAUGAGGUACUCUUCAAGUACCACGAAGAAAUGCAUGUCGGACGUCGUCAAUACUGUUGUAAUAUGUGCACAUAUAGUUCUUUUUGUCCUAUUUCUUUACACGGGCACUUGAACUUGCAUUUUCCUUCAUUACCAUCUCGUUGGACUGCGAAAAACAAAAAGCGAUUGCUAAAACAUCGAUAUCAUCAGAGUCCUGAAACGAUACCUUCAGAUGCUAAAGUUCAUCACUGCUCCAUAUGCCCUUACAAAACUGCCUACGAAGAUCGCUUCCAACAGCAUCGCCUUCAUCAUGCUUUGCACCUACAACAACGAUUAACAACAUCCAUCAAACGAGCCGCACAAAAUAUUUCUGAACCAUUUAUAAGGCUGAAAAUUCGUCGACCAGAAAAACAUUCAGACAGGCAGUUUACCUGUAGCAGAUGUUCCUUCCGGUGCGGUACAAUCAUAGCAUACAAUACUCAUUCCGAAAAGCACGGAGCAAAAUCGUUCUUCAAGUGCGAGCUUUGUGAUUAUUCGUCAGAAACCAAAAAUAUUGUUGAUUUCCAUGUUGCCACGCAUCACUUGGAUAUACCUAUCUCGUUCUUUUAUAAAAAAGCUAUCAUGAAUUCCAAUGAAUCGCAGAUCAAGCUGAAUGAUGAUAUCGAGUGCAAGAAAUAUCCUCAACAAAUGUUGAGUUGUUGUCGAUGUGAUUACCGUACGUUUGUGAUAGUCGAAUUUACGCACCAUUGGGAACAAAUGCAUUGUAAUCGGACUCAAAAGGGUGAUCGACGGAUAACUGAGGAACUCCGUAUGGAUAUGAUGCACUCCAACUGGAUCAGAACUGUUGAUAAUUGA